AUGGAUGCCUUGGUCCAGACCCCAGUCCUACUCCCAGUCUUCCUCCUCAUGGGACCCUUCAUCCCAGAGGGACUACUCUCAGACCCCAGCUCUGUCCCAGGACUCUGCCUCCUCUUCUACCCACAGAGUGAGGUACCCUCUGGCCCUCCACACGCCCUCAAACGAGCCUCACUGGAGAGAGCUGGUGUUGGAGGCUCCAGAGAGAGGGGGUUGAGUAUAGAUCCUGCACUAACCAAACCCUCUCUUGCUGGGCAUGGAAGGGCCGCAGGGCUGGGGUCCAGCCUGACCUCUAUACGUGCUAGUGGUGAGGAGGAGAGCAGCGGCCAUCACCCUCUCCCCUCUGCCCAACAACCGCCCCUGACCCCUACCUUCUCCAUCAAAAGUAAACACGGCGCCCCUCUGUCCAAAAUCGCCCUCUUCAGGCGGCCGGUGAAAUGGGAACCCCCUCAAUCCUGUCAGGAGAAAGCAAGGACCUUGCAAGGGGGCCAGAAGUGGUGCAAAACCCAAACCCCCAAACACCCAGCUCUGACUCCAGCCUUUAGCCUAGACCCCCGAGCCAAAACCAAGACCCUCCACAAGACUGAGGGAACCAAGAGUGUUGCUCUAACCCCUAACCCCCCACAUCGACCCCCAGCCAACUCAGUUAGGCCAAGACAGGGGGUCACAAUGGGGGAGAGGGGGCUUGAAUUAACCAGGGACCAUUCUAGUUCAGACACUCCCCAGCAUAGAUCCUCCAAAACCCCCAAACCACCCAAGCUGAAGCGGGCCAAACCUGGCCCUAACCAGGGUCAACUCACCCCAGAAACUGAACCAGAGGGGGGAAGCGGUGCCGGUGACCCCCAGGCCCAGUCCAACCAAUCCAAAACCUGUCUGACUACAGCCAUGAUCUCUGACCCCAGAGUAAGGGAUGCUGGGAAGUUGAGUCCUGAAGAGAGAGGCAGGGUGCUGGAGGAGGCAGGGCAGGCCAGUGCGCUGGUUCUGACCAUGGUGUACCAGGACGGAACUACUCAGAUGGACCCAGAACAGAAGCUCAGUCCGUCAGUGUGUGGGGUGCUGGUGAUGUUGAAAAGAGAUCUGGACCAGACUGGACCAGUACCAGGACCAGAGGAGGGGGUGGCACAACGAGACAGCCUGGUCUACCUCAGACUGGAACAGAAACCUGCAUGGGCCCAGAGCCACCAAGACCACAACCUAGACCUCUUCAAUAGAGAGAUGCUGCUGCAGGUAGUGUCAGGGUCUCAACUGGUGGUGUGUUACAAGGCCAAAGACCUGCUCCGUACAGCACUGCAGCACUACAGACCAGACCUACACUGGAAACAAUUCUCAUCUUGUCGCGUCCAGGACCCCCAGGUAGCAGCCUGGCUGUUGGACCCAGCUGACCCCUCUUCCUGCUUCACCAACCUGCUUACCAAACACUGUAGAACACCCCCCAGAACCCCCACACCUGCCCUGGGGGCAAGGAAGGUGUCCCAGGUUAUCACCAGUCUGUCUCUGCUCUACAGGCUGAAUAUGGAGCUACGCUCUAAACUACAGAGCCAGGGUCUGUGGGAGCUGUACUCUAACAUGGAGCUGACUAUGAUCCCUGUACUGGCAGCCAUGGAGAGCCACAGGAUCCAUGUGGACACGGAGUCCCUAAAGACAACAUCAGAGAUGCUGGGGACUAGAUGAAAGCAGCUAGAGCACGAGGCCCACCAGGCAGCAGGCCAGAUGUUUCUAUGUCCAGCGACCACCCAGCCAGGAUGGUCAGUGUUGUGUGUUCUUGUUGAGAAGCUGCGUCUGCAGGAGCGCUGAAACAAGAAGCUCCCCAAGACUCUCAACAAACAACAGCAGUCUACAUCUGAGGCUGUUAACUUCAUCUCGUCCACAUGGUACCAGACCAGUGCAGUGACUGGAAGAAUCUCUGCCAAACACCCAAAUUUCCAGGCCCUCCCAAGGCAGCCGGUGCAGAUCACUAAGAAGCAAUAUGUUCAAGGAAAGGAAGCGGAGGUGGUGACGGUUCACCCACGGGCCAUGUUCAUCCCCCAGGACGGCUACACCUUCCUGGCUGCAGAUUUCUGCCAGGUGGAACUGCGUCUGCUGGCUCACCUCUCGUCAGACCCUGAGCUGCAGAGAAUCUUCAACAACCCACAGGCCGACGUCUUCACCAUGCUGGCCUCACAGUGGAAGGGUGUGAGUGAAGGAGAAGUGAGUUCAGAGGAUAGAGAGCAUGCCAAGCGUAUCGUCUACUCUGUGGUGUAUGGAGCAGGUAGGGAGCGUCUGUCGGGCAUCCUGGGUGUUAGUGCUGAACAGGCCAGCCACUUCCAGGACAGCUUCCUCCACACCUACAGAGAGGUCCAGACCUUCAUACACACCACCAUCCAGCAGUGCCACAAACGAGGUUACGUGGUGUCUAUUAUGGGCCGGCGAAGGACACUUCCUCACAUCCACUCUACAGACUGGGGAGUCCGCAUGCAGGCUGAGAGACAGGCUGUCAACUUUGUGGUCCAAGGGUCAGCUGCUGACCUGUGUAAGAUGGCCAUGAUCCGUAUCUUCUCUCAAGUCUCCUCCUCCAGCUCUCUCUCCGCCAGGCUGAUAGCUCAGCUCCAUGAUGAGCUUCUCUACGAGGUGGAGGACUCUCAGGUGGGGGAGUUCGCAGUGUUGGUCAAGAACACUAUGGAGUCCCUGCAACACAUCGAUUGUCUGGGAGUUCAUCUCAAAGUCCCCCUGAAGGUGGCGGUCUCAAGUGGCAAGUCCUGGGGCUCCAUGUCCGAACUACACCUCCCCCAAACAUCUCUCCCCCCCUCUUCCUGAGUCCCUCUCUCCAUCUCUUACUCUAUCGCUCUCCCUCUUCUCUCCCUCAUUGUGCUGCAUCUCCAUCGCUAUGGAAACCAGGCAGCUGCAGCUCCUCCAAGCUCCCAAUUCUCCUUCUCGCUCUCUCCCUCUCUCUCUAUCCAAUUCUCUCCCUCACACACACACACCCCUCUCUCUCUCUGCCCGUAUCAGGGGGCAACGGUAGGAGCCUCCCACUGGAACGCAUCAGUUUCUUUUUUUUCAACCUCCCUCCAUUUUGUGGAGUUGUAGUCCUCCUCUCUUCACAUUUUUCUGUUCUCACCCCCCUUGUUUAGAUUUUUGGUUUCUGUGUUCCGUUGCCAAGGCAAAACCACACUUUCAGAAAUUUGUUUGGCAUUGUUGCCUUUUUAAAAGUAUUUUUCAGCUACAGUAAAUAUACCUCAUUAGCUAGAUAACAGUCAGAGGUUUUUUUUAAUGUUUGAUUGUAUUUAUUAACUGAUAUCCUGUCUGAAUUUCCUAUUAUUGCAUUAAUU